GGAGUUAAGAGUCAGCUCUUGAAUCUGAUUGGACGAUAGUUUUGUAGCGUUUUAAAAUCGUAGCACUUGAACUGGCUGUCAAAACACCGGACACGAAGAGAGCGAAGAAGGCGUCUGACGACAUGAGAAAGACCGAGUUUGACUCUUCCUCUGAUGAAGAUGUGGAAGAAGAGCAGCUGACUCCGCUCCACAUUAGCUGGUUACCCCUGUCCAUAGUUGAGUGCUCACAGUACCUUGGAAUAUGUGCACUGCCAGGUUGCAAGUAUAAAGAUGUUCGCAGGUCCUUGCAAAGAGAUGUUGGUAAGGCAGUUUUUGAGGAAUCUUUACUCAAAUCAGACAUUAAAGCUGCAGUAUGUAACUGCCUCGAGGGGAACAGGAAGACGGUGGUCCACUGCUACGGAGGCCUGGGGCGAUCMGCUUUAAUCGCCGCCUGCCUGCUGCUCCAGCUCUCGGUGACGAUGACGGCCAACGAAGCCAUCGAGAUCCUCAGAGAGCACAGAGGAGGAGGAGCAAUACAAACGGUGAAGCAAUACAAUUUUCUUCACGAGUUUCGGGAGAAGUAUGCCGCCUACAAAGAGAGCAGAGAGGCUUCCACWGAGAGAUCGGUGUCUCGGUGAUUCUGGAGUAAGGAGAAAAUAAUCUGUAAACAUCUGCAUUCAGUGACUUUUAACUCUCCAAGAGCUGCACUUUAAAAUAGUAUAUCACUUCCUUUGAGCUUUUAAAUAAACCAAAAGGUUCAGGUAACAACACAACUCGGCUUAAUAAAAUCUUUAAAAAA